UUCAUUGCCCUGACAAGUGAAACGGCGGAAAUCCAAUCCAACCAACAAAUUCACACUGAAAGAAAAACCGCCAUGGUUGUAGUAAAUAUUUAUGUUUUUUGAUUACUUUUAAGGUGUAAAUGUACUUUUGUUUUAUGUAAUAUAUUUGGAGAAGAAAAAAAAAACGAUGGUCGACGGAAAUAUUUCUAUGGAAGAAGACACUGAAUUGCGAGAUUUAGUUGUACAAACUCUUGAGAACAAUGGAGUUCUCGCAAAAGUUCGUGCUGAGCUACGAGCAAGUGUGUUUUUGGCGCUUGAAGAACAGGAAUCUGUUAUGAUUCCUGAACCUCUUCUUAAUAAAACUGUAAAACAGUACCUGCAAAGUUCAGAAGGAAAAUUAUUAUUUUCUUUAGUCAGAGAAUUUCUUGAGUAUUUUGGAUUAGAUUACUCAAUAUCUGUAUACGAUCCAGAAACUUAUUUUGGAAAAGAAUAUAAUUAUGUAGGAAGAAAAAAAUUGUCCGAAGAAUUGGGCAUAAGCUCCACUGAACCAUUGCUUGGAGAAAUAUUAAAAAAUAAUAUCAAUGGUGCCUUUAUAACUCCACAAAAGAAUAAUGACAGUAAUAGAACGAACGAAUUAGAUGUAAUUCCAACUCGUUUAAAUAAUACAACAUUUGAUAUUAGUAUUCCAAAAUUAUUAAAAAAUAGUUCCUCGCUCGAUUGCAACGAUACGGACAUAUCGGAAAAAGUGGAAAAAAAUAAUUACGAUUCAACAUCACAAUUUCCAUUAAAUGUGACAAUAACAGAUAAGAAAAAAUCUGAAAUCGAUUGCAAUACUAGCCUAAACAGUAAAUUAAAAAAUAUUUCAAAUGAUUCAAUUGAUACAUCAGAAUACAACGAAAUUGACAGUAAAUUAUUAACAAAAACAACUGAUAAUGUUGAUAGUACAGAAAAAUUAUUAAACGAGAACAAAGAAAAAUUAGAUCAAAUUAAAUUAACUGAAGAAAUUCAAAUAAAUAAUGAACCUUUAAUAAAUGAGGUGAAAACAAUUCAAACUGAAAAUACCUCUAAACAAAAAACUUUAAAUAUAAUAGAAAAUAAUGUACAAAAUAAAAAGAAAAACCUACUAGAAAAACCAUUUGAAAAAAGUGUAUAUUUUGACGAGAUAAUUAUUGAUGGGAGAAUUGAAAAAGUUGAUGUAUUAUUAAAUAAAUCCGAUUCUUUAUUAGGUGAAUUACCUCCAUUAAUUACUCAAACAAAUUCUAUAUUUAGCGAUCUACCACCAUUAAAUUGUAAGAAAACUAAUAUAAGUGACUUGAAGCAAUUAAUGCAAAUUGCGACUGAUGUGUCUGAUAAUUAUGAUGAAGAUUUUAUUUCAUCUGCUUCUGGCAGUGCUAAUGAACAGAGUCCUUCUAAAGAGCCAAGUAAAUCCAAUUUGUCCUUAAAAUCACCAAGCAAAGGAGAAGACACCUUGUACAAUGAAGAGGUUCUAAAAAGCGAAGAUAUAAGUGAAGAGAUUGAAGAAAUAAUUAGCGGUAAAUCACUUCUUGAUGAUGUGUUUGAUAAAAAGGUGACAAAAUUCUCAGUGAACGUUGCUGCUGAUUACAUUGAAGAGAUAUAAUCUUCGUUUCACUUGAAAAAUGUUUUUUCAAUUGCAUUUUAAAUGUUUUAUCCCCCCCCCUAGAUAUGUAAUUUUUUUAUAUAUAUUUUUUUUCUCGUGAUUAAAUAUUUUUCAAAUCAGUCCAAUCUGUAGAAUCUUUAAAUGCUUCAGAAAUUAAUACAUUUUUUUAGAAUUAAAAUAAUUUUUCAAGUUCAUUUACGGAACAUUAAAGUUUAAAAAAAAAUUUUUUUUUCUAUAUAAAUACAUAAAUUCUGUAUAAUUUAUGAAAUAUUUGUUUUUUGAAGAAAUACUUACAUUGUGUAUAUACAGUCAAAACACUUUCAUUUUUUUGUGUGGACAAUUUUUACUUUAUUUUUAUGUAAUAAUUUUUUAAGUCCAUUGUUAAUUCUCAUUUAUAUUUAAAUUUUUUUGGUAAAGUUGUUCUUUUUAGAUAAGAAGUAAUUCUUAAUGUUAUUUAUUGCAAAUAAAAAAAAGUGUAUUUUUCCCUAAAGUUUAUAAUUUUAGAUAUAAAUCAAAAGUUUAUAAACUUAAAAUAAUUAUUUAUAUGAAAAAGUUGAAUUUUUCUUUUUUUGUAUCAACGAAAAUUAGUGAAAUCGUUUUGUUUAAUUGUAAUAUAUAUUUUUUUUUUAAUCUCAAGACAUUUUACCAUUAAGCAAACUUAAUCAAACGUAAGGCCUUGAUUCAGAAAAAAAAUGUUACUACAAACUACAGCUCAAGAAUGUCGCAUUGCAGGAAAACGUAGAAGGAAGGAACAAAAAAUACAGUGAGCUGAAAUAUGUGUAUUUUGCUAGUGAUUAGCAAUUUUCUAUUUUCUAUAAAUGCCAAAUGGAAAAUAUUUUUCUACUUUCUGUAGCAUAAGCGUAAUAAAACGAUAUGUAAAUAAUCAAUGUUAUGUAAAAAAAAAACAAAAACACAAAGAAACAGUAACGGGUAAAUAAAAAAUUUCCCCGUGUCUCUUUAAAGAUUAUAAUCAGAUUUUAAAAAUUUGUUUAUUUUUUGGUGUUGUAUUCAUACUAAGGUAAACAAAAUAUUUCCUUUUACGCUCUUCUGCACAAGCGUCUGGUACAAUUAUUCCUAUAGUAAUAUAAUUCUUAAAUAUUAUUAUGUAAUUAUAAUUCGCAUAAAAUAUAAGUGUAUUUCUUUUUA